AUGUGUAUUGGGCAAAGAGCAGAGCUUUUUCUUGUGGUUAAUAUCUGUUUAAUCCAGAAGAAGACCUUAAGGAAAGAGCUUGAGGAAGAGAUGAUGGAAGCCAUUACAGAAGCAGCAGUGGACUCGAGUGAGGAGGUGUCAGAGGAAAGAGAUGACCUGGGACCUCUUGAAUUACAUGACAGUGGUACCUUUCAACAAGUCUUGAACCUCCUGGACAUCAUUGACAGCGAGUCAGCAAAGACGGACACGACAGGGGCAGGCCUUGACAUGCGGAAGACCCUGGCCUCGGUGAUAAUCACGGAGAAGGCCACCACUGAGCCUUCUGUGGUGAUAAACACUCUCAUCCGCUGCCUGCAGGUGCCAGAGAUAUCCACCCAGUGCAAGGUCAACAUUUACAACAUCCUCCAGGAGAUCAUCCAGCAGGAGGGGGAGCUGGAGGAGCAGUGCGUGCAGAGGCUGGUGGCCACUGCCUCCAAGGAGAUGAGGGAGAUCCCAGAGAUGGAGGGCUAUAUGAAGGCAGAGGUGGCCAGCGACACACUGGUGGCUCUGUCCCGAAACCACUUCAGCUUGGUCAUGUAUGAGCUGCAGCACCACCUCAAGCCCCUCAACCUCACUGAUGAAUUUGUCAUCAUCACACUGGCCAAGCUGGCCAAUGGCAAUGUGUUUGAGUUCAUGCCAUACAUGGGCAUCACCCUGGCUACCAUAUUCACCAUGCUGAGACUUGCCAAUGAAGCCAAGAUACGCCAGGCGAUCUGUGGUGCCAUGGAGACCUUCUGUGAGACGGUGCAGGCCUGGUGUCAGGACCCAUGCUUUUCACGGUGGUGCUUUGCAACCUCUGUGUGCCCGCUGCAUGCCCACUUCGUGCCCAAGCCCAGGAUGAGUAUCAGAGCCAUCAACCUGGCUAUCCGGGUGGUCAAGAACACCAUCUCUGAUACCCGAUCCAAGGUGAGGAUGGCUAUUCUCCACAUCAUUGGGCAGUUGGCUCUCUCUGGCUACCAGGAGAGAAUCAAAGGCUGGGGCCUGAAGUACGUGUCUGUGCAACUGACCUUAUCCACCUACAAACUGACAAAUCGCCGGGAGAACUUUUAUCAGAGGGACUUGGAGGAGAGGAUGGUCCACAAGGUCACCAUGGACACUGUGAAGAUCAUUACCUCUUCCGUCAGUGGGAUGACCAGCGAGUUUUGGGUGAGGCUCCUGUGCUACAUCAUGGAGACAGACUACAUGGAAGCUUUGACUCCUAUCUGUAUCAGCCUCACAAACCUGGCAGAACACCAGCUCCGUGGUCAGGACGUGGAUGUCAGCAUGGCUGGCAAGAGCAGGCAAGUGGAACUGCCUGCACCUCAGAAGCUGCUGGCCCGUCUCCUGGUGCUGAUGUCAUCACCUUACAAGGGCGAGGGUCGUGGGAUAGCCAUGCUCAACCUCUUGAGGACCCUGAGCCAGAGCAUCGCACCCUCUAUGGCUGACAUGUGGGAGAUGGAGAUUCCGCUACUGGUCCGGUACCUGGAAGAACAUACUGAGUUCACUUGGGAUCAGAAAGCCUGGGAAGACAAGCUGAUUCAGUUUCUGCGAAACUCCCUCAAGAAGACCCGGGGGUCUAGCUGGAGCCUGCGCUUGAGCAAAGAGCUGAACAACCAGAUGGCGAGCUUUGACAGUCCCUCUCUGGAGAAGGGCUUUCUGUACCGGGCCUUGGGCUUCACCUUGGCCACAGGCCUGGAGGCCAGCAAGGUGGAGGUCCUGCUGUUGGAGCUGCUGUACAAGACGGACUACAGCAAUGACUUCGACAGCGAGGGUGUGAUUAUGUGCUUUGGCCUGUGUGCCCGGAGCCAGGUAAAAACGGUGCUGAAUGUACUUCAUGACUUCGAGGACAGGAUCCAGGAGUCAGAGCAGUCCUGGCAGAUCAGUGCUUGGCGGAAGGACCAUCCCUGGAGGCAGGAGACAGUGAAAAGUGCCCUCAUGGUGAUGUAUAGCUGCGUGGCCUCCUACUGCCACCCCCAGUUGCUCCUCAACCUCGUGGACAGCCCCAUCACCGCUAAGAUCAUUCACCAUUAUGUCAGCAGCUGCCAGGUAGCCCCAUCUGCUGCCUGGGGGGAUGUCUUCUGGACCAGGCUGGUGGGUAGUAGCCUUCUGCCACUCUCUGGGCACCUGCAUCCCUACCCAGGGGACAUCCAGGCAUCCUACCUGAUGCCCAGCCCGUGGGAGGCCCAUUGCCCAAAUGUGUUGUUCUCUGUGCUUUGGUGUCAUGCAGAGGAGCUGGCGGGGGUGAGGAUAGCCCCUCUUCCAGAGUGCUGGGUGGGGUCUCCAGAAGCCACAAGAUGA